CCUCCCCGGCCUCGCCGCUCGUCGCCCCCGGGGGCUGCGGCCCACGCGCCCCGCUUCCCCUGCUGGAGAUCGGAACCCGGAGAUCGGAGCUUAGUGCCCAGUCUCACAUCUGCUGCAAUCAGAAAAUCCUGUUGGCUCUACCUGAAAACAUAUCCACAAUGGAGUCACUUCUCAGCAUCUCCUCCCCCGCUACCCUGCUUUGAGUGGAUCUAAUCUGUCCCGGAAGAAGGUGAAGGCACCUUAUCUGUCUCCUCCGUUAGAGUCCCUUCCCAUCCGUCUGUUACUCAGGCAGCAGACAGAAUGAUCAUUGGAAAAUUAAAUCAGAUUGCUUCUCUACUUAAAAACCUUCCCGAGACACCCUGUCACUCAAAGUGAAAGUUGUCUUUAAACUGCAAACGAGGCUCUUCAGGACAAGUCUGUUGCCACUUCUGACCCGGAUUCGAUUCCUGCGACUCUCCUUCUUAGUCUGUUCCCACAACACUGUGCCCCUAGACAGUCCAAGCAUGCUGACACCUCAGCACAUUUAUUUGCAUUGGCUGUUUGUUCCUCCUGCCUUUAGACUGGGAUGCUCUUCCCUCAGAUGUUGCUCCCUUUCUUUCUUGAACUCUUUAUUCAAAUAGCAAUUUUGCAUUGAGGCCUAUGUUGUCAGUCUUCCAUAAAUCAGUGUAUCCUCCCUUCAGGUUCUUCCCUCUUACACUGAUUUUUUUUCAUUUAAAAAUGUGUAUCCCUUCUAAUAUAACUGUACCAUUUACCUCUCAACUAUGUUUGUUGUGGGUCUUCUAGAAUUUAACUUCCAUGAGAUCAGAGAGUUUUGCUCCCUCUCCUAUUCAUGGCUAUAUGGCUAUAUCCCAAGUGUCUAGUAUAGGAGUCAACAUAUAUCACGCUUUUAAAAUUACAUGCUGACUUACUGAAGGAAAGAAUUCACGAAUACAAUUCUGUUUGAACCACCGGGUAGACUGGAAGAACCCACCCAACAGCUUUGACCUGAACUGUAUUAGCAUCAAGUUCCACAGUGGAGAGAAAGGAUGCACUCUCCGAACACACUUCCUGCGCACCAGAAAGGGAAAGAACAAUUCUUUUUCCCACCAAACACCUAUUUUCCCGAGGACUGCUUUGAGCACUAAUUAGAUGGGGAUAUGGCAAAAGCAUUUUGAUUUUCUAGGAGAAAACAUUGCAUUAAUUUGAGACUUUUUAUUGUGUGAAAGGAUGGUAAGUGACAAGGGGAAGUACAAGGAUGAGAACAGAGCUGACAGCAGAUUGCUUGCUACUCCUACCACUGCCCUGGCGUUUUAUAGGAUCCUUGCCUUAAAAGUGCUAUCAGGCAGGGAGAAGGAAAAAAGUGGUUUUGUAAUUCUUACCCUACAUGGCCAAUUUUUAAGAAAUACCUUCUUUCUCGUAAUUAACUUUCAAUUAUUUACAGCACAGUAUGCUCAUAAAUAAAUUAUUCUCUACUUUUCAA